UUAUAACAAACCUGCCUCCAACAUACCAGCCACCUAAGAAAGUACCAUUAUACCCAAGAGACAGCAGCAACAGGCCUCUGCAGAACCAACCUGGCGAAGUCAUCGCCAACUACCUGCACCUACCCACCCCAGGACCAGGUGUGCACCUGCCUUCAUUGUGCAUCCAGGUGAAGCUGUGUGAGCACUGCCUGCCCUGAGCUGUGACUGAAGCAUGUGACUGGAGCACCUUUGACUUCCGAGGCAGUGAAUCGAGGAAAAUGUCAUGGAGCAGAGAGCAAGGUCACCUACGAGGACCUGUGUGUCCAUGGCAGGCGACAGAUCAAAUCAUGAAAGACCCAACUUCUGUGACAGACAAUGGUCCUCUCAACAAAGUGUCAAGGAGCUGCGAGCAGGAUUGUCUACAAGGACCCGUGUGUCUAUGAGGACUGGCGAAUCAAAUGAUGAAGGACGAUCCAAGCUUAGUGAGGAAGGGUUGCCCUCUGAGCAGAGUGUCAUGGAGCAAAGAUCAAGGUCUCCUACAAGGACUUAUGUGUCCAUGACAAGUGACAGAUCAAACAAUGACACAAGACCCAACUUCAAUGGAGGAGAGAUGCCCUCUCAGCCGAGUGUUAGGGAACGGAGAGCAGGGUCUCCUACAAGGACAUGUGUGUCCAUGACAAGUGACAGAUCGAACAAUGCAAGACCCAAUUUCAGUGAAGAAGAACCACCAUCUCAACAAAGGGAACGGAGAGCAGGGUCUCCUACAAGGACAUGUGUGUCCAUGACAAGUGACAGAUCGAACAAUGCAAGACCCAACUUCAGUGAAGAAGAACCACCAUCUCAACAAAGUGUCACGGAGCAGAGGCCAAGGUUGCCUACGUCAACCUGUGUGUCCAUGACAAGCGACAGAUCAAAUAAUGCAAGACCAAACUUCAAUGAAGAAGAACUUCCCUCUCAGCCAAGUGUUGUGGAGCAGAGACCAAGUUUGCCUACAACAACCUGUGUGUCCAUGACAAGUGACAGAUCAAAUAAUGCAAGACCCAACUUCAGAGAAGAAGAACUUACCUCUCAGCAAAGUGCCAUAGAGCAGAGAGCAGGGUCUCCUACAAGGACUUGUGUGUCCAUGACAAGUGACGCAUCAAAUACUGGUAAUGGAAGACCCAACCUCGGUGAAGGAGAACUGCCUUCUGAGCAAAGUGCCAUGGUGCAGAGACCAAGGUUGCCUACAACAACCUGUGUGUCCAUGACGAGUGACAGAUCAAACCCAACUUCAAGACCCAAGUUCAGUGAAGAACUGCCCUCUCAGCCAAGGUAUGGUGACAUAAAAGGUCAUAUUAGGGGCAACUACACAAACAACACAACAACACACACUCAGCUUAGCCCUGUUCAGUUGACCUCAAGCUAA